GCGACAGCCGAUUCUCCCGGACAUGGGCCGGCCGGCCAGAGGCCACGCAGCCCCGGGGCUGUGAGCCGGGGGGGCCGCGGAGCUCCGGAGGACCGUGGGGGGCUGCGCAGGCGUGUCCAGUCCCCGGGCACCCCGAGGCGCCGGGAUCACGGGCGUCUGCCUCUCCUGUUGUUGGCUCCAGGUCGCCGCCAUGGGGACCGUAGCCCUGGGCCUCCCCUGGGCGGUGCUUCUGCUCCCCGUCUUGGCCUGCGGGGUCCGCGCCGACGAGCUCCUGUCUGCGGAACCCGCGCCCGGGCAGUGCCGCCGCUGCUGUGCGCCCGGGGAGCUGCCGCCCUCCGCGCCGGUGCCCUACGUGGUGCCUGAAGUGCGGCCCUACAUCAACAUCACCAUCCUGAAGGGUGACAAGGGGGAGCGCGGGCCGCCGGGCGCGGCGGGGCCGUCGGGCCGCGAGGGCGCGCGGGGCGAGCGCGGCGCGCAGGGCGCCAAGGGCGCGCGGGGCCCCGCUGGCCGGCCGGGGCCGCCGUGCCGCGCGCGCUACGCCGCCUUCUCGGUGGGCCGCAAGGCCGGGCUGCACAGCGGCGACGGCUUCCAGGCGCUGCACUUCGACACGGUCUUCGCCAACCCCGACGGCCACUUCGACAUGCCCGCCGGCCAGUUCGUGGCGCCGCUGCGCGGCCUCUACUUCUUCAGCCUCAACGUGCACAGCUGGAACUUCAAGGAGACGUACGUGCACGUGGUGCACAACGAGGAGGCCGCCGUCAUCCUGUACGCGCAGCCCAGCGACCGCAGCAUCAUGCAGAGCCAGAGCGUGAUGCUGGCGCUGGCGCGCGGCGACCGCGUCUGGGUGCGGCUCUUCAAGCGCGAGCGCGACAACGCCGUCUACAGCGACGACGUGGACACCUACAUCACCUUCAGCGGCCACCUCGUCAAGCCCGAGGACGAGGACGAGGGCGAGGGCGACUAGCGGACCUGGCGGGACGGCUCUUUCCGGACCCCCGCGCGUCCUCUGCUUCUGCUUCUCCUCUCUCCAUCCUUUAAUUUUUUUUUUCUUUUUGGGUCACACCCGGCGAUACUCAGGGCUGACUCCUGGCUUUGCACUCAGGAAUGACUCCUGGCGGUGCUCCGGGGACCCUAUGGGAUGCUGGGGAUAGAACCCGGGUCGGCCGCGUGCAAGGCAAACACCCUCCCCGCUGUGCUAUCGCUCCAGUCUUUCUCCGUCCUCUUUUCGUUUUGUUUUGUUCUACUUGGGCCACGCCCGGUGUGCUCAGGGAUGGCUCCUGGCUCUGUGCUCAGGAAUUCCUUGCUCCUGGCUGUGUGCCGGGGAUGGAACCCAGGUUGGCCCCCGCGCAAGGCAAAGCCUCCCCACUGGACUAUAGCUCCGGCCCCAUCUCUCUUGGGUACAUACUAAGACACGUCCUCACAUCUUAAAUGUUUUAGAACAUUCCCGAGAUGUGCCCGCAGAGCACUGGGGGUCUUGUUGCCAUGCUUUGGGGAGGCCCCGGGGAGCCUGCCAGGCUAGGACAUUCCCAAGGAGAGGUGCUGCUACUGCUGCUUUGGGGAGUGGCUCUGGAACUUUCCCAGCAGGUUCUCCUUCCAGAAAGUUCUGGACUCUUCCAGACCUUCUAGAAUUUCCUGACUCCUUCACUUCUCGCAUCCUUCUAGGAACCUCCUUCUCUGGCCCUCGACUCCCCCUGCCCUUCUUUUUCACACUCCCCUGGACCCCCAACCCCGAGCAAUCAGCACUCACUCAGAGAUGGGGUGGUGGGAGCGGGGAGGGGGUCUCAGGCCCCAUCACUGUCCUGGGGGGGGGGCUCCAGGCUAGCCAAACUGGGGAGAUGCCAGAUUUUGAAAGGAGCCCCCAAGAACAGCGGGGACACCUAGUCGCACAAGUGUGGGUCGGGGUCUUGGGCUCAGAGCCCCUCGUUCCCACCGCUUCCCCUGUGUAGGCCAGGGUCCCUGCCCGCCCCCCUCCCUCCUGCCCGUGCCCAGCUUUCAUUCAGGCAGACCCCAGGUGGGGCGGGGGCCUGGGUCAGGGCCAAGGUGCUUCAAGGGGACGACUCAGGCCCUCGGGGAGGUUUUGGGGUGAAGCCUAGCACCCCCCGCUCCCCCCCCCCGCUGGCCUGGGAGCUCCGGCUCGCUGCCUCCCCCCGUCUGCCCCGACCGGGGUUUCCAAAGGCCCAGCCUCAGUUUCCCCAAGUUCCCCUCCACCGUCACCACGGGUGUCGUCCCCAGGUGCUCUGACCGUCCCUGGCCCCAUGCCCUGCGCUGCAGGCUUUGAGAAAGGUGCUGAGGCCCCGGUGGGUGCCCCCGGCCCCCAGAGCCGCCUCCGGCCGUGCCCCCCCCCCACUCAACCGGGCCCCGGCCAGGAGGAGCGUCCGGCCCGGUGCCCUCAGCAGGUCUGAGACAACUCCGGGGUCCUCCGAGCCACGAGGCCCGCGCGUGGCCCCGGGAGAGGCCAUGGCCAGGGCAGUCCCCCAGGCCCCUCCGUGUUCUCCCCUUGGAGGCCUCCUCCAGGCUGGCCCCCAGCCUUCCCCUCCCCCACCCUGGGGGCCCGGCCCUCUCCUGGGACACACGUGACCUCCACCCACUGGUGCUCACGCAGACACAGACCAAGCCGAGGGGGACUCUGGUGCUUGCGCCCAGCUGAGGCACCUGCAGGUGUGUGUGGGGUGGCCGUGGGGCCCCUGGCUCCCCCCGCCCCCGCCCUGCCUCGCUGCCUCG